UUUUAUAUUGAAACAAGAAAUUUUUAUUUUAUUUCCUUGAAGACUUGAUAUUUGUUUUUUUGGUCAUCCAUCAUGGAUCGAAUGCUCUCAUUUGAAGUAUUCCCCGUCUAGGAACGGUCUUGAAAACAUGGUAUACAAGUUUAGGACCAACGUUAUAAAGAUGAUGGACAAAGGAAUCUUCCGAAAAGCGAAAUGGUACGAAGUUGUAAAGAGGUAUCCUCCAUUGGCUCCUCCUGGAAAUCGUGGUAAACCUCCUCGUAUUGUCCUUGAAGAAGACAGUUUGUACAACGAACUGUACCAAAGAAUUCCACAGUUACAGUAUACUCCGCUUCGUGUCGGCGAUUCACUUUAUGGGAAUAGAAACGUAUGUGAUAAGUUUGUUUAUUUCCAAAAAUUGUAUAUGGAUAGCAAAGGUAUGACUAAAGAGGAUGCUUUCAACACAGUACAAAAGGAACUUGACGGAGAACUAAAAGACGCAGUUCGCCAAUCUUCCUCUUUGUACUGGAACGGGACCUUGGGACAAUCUGAGGUUGCCACGGAGCUUAUUCAGGAGACUUCCUAUAAUUAUAUGAAAAUGGAAGAACGAAAGGCAAAUCUCCUUGCAAAACAGUAUUCAUUCGCUUCCAAAAAAGUAGAUAGUCAAAUAUCGGCAUCUGCAGCUGAAAGCUCAGAAACAAUGAAAUUGGAAAAUAAUGACAGUAAAAAAGAUAUUGAAUAACUUUUGAUUCCCAUAAAUCAACUACGACUGUUUAGCUUGUAUGUUCAAAUUUUCCAAUGCAGUUCUGGUCACA